UAAAUAUAAAUAUGUAUCUGUUUUUUUAAGAGAAAACCAACAUGCACCUAAUAAGAAAAGUGACAUCACAGCAGUUCAUCACUUGCUGUGUCUUUAAAAGGAUAGAUUUGUAGAUGAACAAUCCUAAAAAGUAAAUAACUAAGCAACUAGAGAGAGCUUAGAGGAAAAAGAGACAGAGAGACAUGGAGCAUUGGGUUAGAUUUGUUGUGCUUAUGGUUUGCCUGUUUUUUCCACCUAUGGUCGAAUGCAAAGUUCGUCGCUACACCUUUAAUGUGAUGACCAAAAGCACAACUAAACUCUGCUCCACCAAGUCCAUCGUCACCGUCAAUGGACAAUUUCCAGGACCCACUUUAUAUGCAAGGGAAGACGACACAGUGCUUGUCAAUGUCGUCAACCAAGUCAAGUACAAUGUUUCUAUUCACUGGCAUGGAGUAAGGCAACUUAGAACAGGGUGGGCCGAUGGGCCAGCAUACAUAACACAGUGUCCCAUCCAGCCAGGCCAAAACUACCUCUACAAUUUCACCAUCUCAGGCCAGAGGGGAACCCUUCUUUGGCAUGCACAUAUCCUCUGGCUAAGGGCAACACUCCAUGGUGCUAUUGUUAUCUUGCCUAAGCGUGGGGUGCCCUAUCCCUUCCCUAAACCUCACAAGGAAGUAGUAGUCACAUUAGGUGAAUGGUGGAAGUCAGACACAGAGGCUGUAAUCAAUCAAGCUCUCAAGUCAGGGUUGGCACCUAAUGUCUCGGAUGCACACACAAUCAAUGGACAUCCAGGGCCUCUCUCUAACUGUCCUUCACAGGGGGGAUUUACAUUGCCAGUCCUAAGUGGCAAAACCUACAUGCUACGGAUAAUUAACGCUGCACUCAAUGAAGAACUCUUUUUCAAGAUUGCUGGCCACAAGCUCACUGUUGUAGAAGUCGAUGCCACCUACGUAAAACCAUUCAAUACAGACACAAUCGUUAUUGCCCCAGGCCAAACAACUAAUGCCCUGAUUGCCACUAACCAAAACACAGGUAAGUACUUGGUCACUGCCUCUCCUUUCAUGGACUCCCCAAUUGCAGUGGAUAACAUGACAGCGAAAGCUACAAUCCACUAUUCGGGCACACUUGCUAGUACGGCAACAACACUCACUAAGCCACCACCACAAAAUGCAACCCAGGUUGCUAACAAUUUCAUAAACUCCCUCCGCAGCCUUAAUUCAAAAAAAUACCCUGCAAAAGUCCCACAAACCAUUGAUCACAACCUUAUGUUCACCGUGGGUUUAGGGGUCAACCCAUGCCCGACCUGCAAAGCCGGCAAUGGCAGCAGGGUGGUGGCUAGCAUGAAUAAUGUCACAUUUGUUAUGCCAACCACAGCCUUACUUCAAGCACAUUAUUUCAACAUCAGUGGUGUUUUCACCACUGAUUUUCCUAGCAAGCCAGCACAUGUAUUUGACUACACAGGCAAACAACCGAGAAAUCUGCAAACCAAAACUGGAACUAAAGUUUUUAAGCUGGCUUACAAUUCUACUGUUCAGCUUGUUUUACAAGAUACAGGAAUAAUAUCCCCAGAAAAUCAUCCUAUCCAUCUUCACGGGUUCAAUUUCUUUGCCAUUGGUAAGGGUCUCGGGAAUUACAAUCCAAAUAAGGAUCCCAAGAAUUUUAAUCUCAUUGAUCCUGUCGAGAGGAACACAAUUGGAGUACCGUCUGGUGGAUGGGUGGCUAUCAGAUUCCGAGCAGAUAAUCCAGGAGUUUGGUUCAUGCAUUGCCAUUUGGAAGUGCACACAACCUGGGGGCUGAAAAUGGCUUUCUUGGUGGCGAAUGGCAAAGGCCCUAAUGAGUCAAUUUUACCACCUCCACAUGAUCUUCCGAAAUGCUAAAACCGCCAA